AUGGAAGUUCAAUAUUCGAAACCAGUGUUUGUGGGUCUUGGUAUUGUGGGACCUGACUCCCUUGAGAUUAUAUCUGAAUUUAUAUCCUUGAUCUGUAUCACCGUACUCGCUGCGGCCUUAGGUUCAAAGACAUUUGGAGAAAAGCUGAAAACGAUUAAUUAUGGUCGCGUUAUGGUUAUCUUGCUUUAUUUCCUUUCAUGGUCAUUUGCAACUACAUCCGCCGUCAUUGUAUCUACCAAUAACAAUAAUAUGACAUCUUGUACAUUGGGCAUGUUAUCCUGUGAUAUAUUUUACGCUGGCAGUAAGAUUGUCGUUUAUGCAUGGCUGAUUGAACGUAUUCAUCUCGUUACUGCUGUAAAAACCUCUCGUCUCAAGACACGCAUUUACAGAUUUCAUCUUGUAUUAUUAUGUCCUUAUGUUAUUAUCUUUGCACUCAUGUUGGCUUUUAGAAAUAUCUACUUGGAGCCUGAUGGUAAAUGUACCAUUGGUUUGCAAUUAAUUGCUAGUGUUCCUUUACUUUGCUAUGAUUUUAUUUUGAAUCUUUAUUUAACUUGGCUGUUUAUGGCGCCGUUGAUGAACGUAGGACUUACUUCAAGAGCAAAUUGGAAACGAAGUAGACUUUAUAAACUUGCUCGUCGUACGCUUGUAUCUUCCAUUGUGUCGUUAUUAAUUUCAUUUGCCAAUGUGUUGGUUGUGGUGAUUACACAAGGACACGAAAGAGGUUUGGUUUGUUUAACCAUGUGUACCGUGGAUGUCACCAUUAACGCCGUUGUUGUGCACUGGGUUACAACGAACCGUGGAGGCAAUUCCAAAGAUACACGAAAUAAAACCUUUCAUAACACAGACCAUCUCUCUGCAGAAUUAACGUUUGAUGCACCUGCUGAAACGGGAGAUAAACAACCCAAGUUUGAAUUUGCCUCGAUUCAUGAUAGUAAAUCCAAUGAGGACGAUGAGGAUGAUAGUGAAAGUAUACGGUCUACUCAAAUUUCUCAGUUGAGCGCAAAACCCUUGCACAACUACUAAAUAAAUAAACAACUCCUUAUUUAAUGAACACUAU